GCUAGAAAACUGUUCUGUUCUCGGAGGUUAAACAACGGCAUUUAGAUUUGGUAAUGAAAGACGAAUAUUUAUUUGAUGUAACCCCAGGCAAAGGGACAUUAUGAGUGCUGAAGGCUCUGUGGUAGAUGAACUACUAAGGAUACAUGAUUCCCCAACAUUACCAGAGGAAGCAGAGCAUUCUGGGAAUACAGUGAAUGAUGAAUCAAGCGAAGAUCAACCUCAAGAAAAUAACAACUCUCCUCCACGUGAGCACCACCUGAUGACUACAAGAGAACUCCAGCUUUACUGGCAGAAGGAGAAAUAUGAUGGAAAACCAGUUAGGCUUCUUUUUCAAAUCCAGUCAACUCGCAUUGCUGAGGAUUUUCUGUCCAAGUUUGUGCUGUACAAGAUUGUGAUCAUCAAGACAGGAAGUUUUGACAGAAAAAAAGUCUUCAUUGAACGGAGAUACUCUGAUUUUGAGAAACUUCAUAGAAACUUAUUAAAAAACUUUAAGGAUGAAAUGGAAGAUGUGGUCUUCCCAAAGAAAAUUCUGAUGGGAAACCUUACUGAGGAGAUCAUUCGUAAAAGGAUGGUUGCCCUUAGAGACUACCUUGGAGAGCUGUAUGCUAUACAAUGUGUAAGGAAAUCCUUUCAAUACGCUGCGUUUUUUAUAGAAUCAGAGUUAGAGGAGGGCUACAGCUGUAUCAGAGGAGGGCAAUAUAAGAGAGCUACAGAGUCACUGCAACAAGUUCUCUAUCUUCAAGAAAAACUGGUUGAACACUGUCCAAUCAUGAUAGUGCAAACUCUAUGUGCCCUAGUUGUGUGUCAUAAAGAUAUGGACCAAUUAGAAAAUGCUUAUGAGAUUGGAUUGAGAGCACUGGAACUUUUAGAGAAACACUCAAGGCACAGAUAUUACAACCCAUUAUUGGACACUUUGAUUUCUCUGGCAUAUAAACUAGAAAAAGACUUCCUGUCUUUACGGGAAAAAUUAGAAAAUGGGGACAAUAGGUCCAGAAGGUCUGGCUAUGAAGGUGAAAUGAUCACGCUAAAGGAGCUUGUAGUGAAGGAGAGGGUAAAUACAGAAUAA